AUGGACUUUUUCGACACCGUUUUGGUCCCCGGGUUAAUCGCCAAGCAGGCUCUCAAUUAUACCAAUGCGGCAUGUCUAGCGCUCUGGAUCGCCGAUUACUUUGACAUGCUCCCGCUCGAGAUAUCCUGUGUCUGGAAUCAGAAACUCAGCAAAGUCAAUAUCCUGUACUUCAUUCUGAAGUACUUCCCGGCGGUACAUAUCCCGUCAUUCUUCCUUUAUUCCUUCCUAACAUCAAUACCCCCUCAUGCUUGCAAACCCAUUUUCAUCCUCAAUACAAUAUUUGUUCCUGUGAUAAUCUCGUGCGCUCAAGCUGUUUUGUUCCUCCGAAUACAUAUCCUCGGGCAGUCAAAGCGUCUGACAAUCUACCUGAUUGCUCACUACGUCAUCUCCAUCAUUGCGAUAUUUACAUUGUCCAUCGUAUUCUACACGGAGCUGCGAGUCCUCGAGUUCCUGCCGCAUGAGUUCUUUGGCUGCGGGAACCUCAUUGCAAAUGGAGACUACACCUCUGGGGUAUAUGGAAUCGUACUCUUCAACGAGCUUGUUAUGGCAAUCCUCAACCUCGUGCUUAGUUAUCGAAAGUAUGUAGCCUCGAGAUCGACGCCGCUGAUGCGGAUAUUUCGGAGGGAUGGGACUGGGUACUUUAUUGCCCUCGCAGUUGUCUCAACCAUUAACAUUCUCGUCAACAGGCUUCAUCCCGAUCCACAAUACUCUUUCCUUUUGGCGGUGGUUCAAUACGCUCUCCAUCCCAUCUUCACGACAAGGAUGAUCCUCCAUCUCCGGCAGGUUGCAAUGUCCGGAGGAUCGACUAAUCAGAGUAUCUCUCAAAACCUGCCCGGUCGCGCAAAGACGGCCAAUAUACGGCUCUCCGCUCUCAAACCGAAAGAUAUCGUGUAUACUUAA